AUGCAUCAGACGGGGUCUGCACCAGUGGCGUUGCUGGCACUUCUGGUGCUCACACUCGAGGUGUCCAGGGGUCAGUCCUGCCCCAGAAGCUGUAACUGCUACCAGGCCAAUGAAGUCCACUGCACCUUCCGUUCACUGCCUACUAUCCCUCCUGGCCUGCCUGCGCAUACGCGACGGAUAAAUUUAGGAUUUAAUAGUAUCAGCAGACUUCAUGACAAGUCGCUGGUUGGGCUGAAGAGGGUGGAGCUUCUGAUGCUGCACAGCAAUGACCUCCAACAUCUUCCCGGUGGUGUAUUCAAAGAUAUGAAAUCCCUCCAGAUACUAAAGUUGAGCUAUAACAAGCUGAGAGAGAUCUCUUCAUCUCUGACCUUCUCUGGCCUGAAAUCACUGCUGCGCCUUUACUUGGAUCACAACCUGCUCCAGCACAUCCACCCCCGGGCUCUGCUCCAGCUGCCUAGCCUCAGGCUGCUCCGUCUGCAAGGCAACAGGCUGCAUCAGCUGCACCCUCACGCUCUGUGCACGCUCUCCAUAUUAAAUACGUAUUACUUUUCUACAGUGAGACAUCUAGACCUUUCCAACAACAGUCUAACUACCCUGCAUAAAGAGUGUGUUACCACAGCACCUCUGCUGGAGACUCUUGUCCUGCAGGCUAAUCCCUGGAGCUGUGACUGUAGGAUGAAGUGGUUUCUCUCGUGGAGUCUUGCUCAUCCAGGUUUAUUACAGUGCCCUGGUGGUCCUCAGUGUCCAGUUUGUACAUCACCCUCCUUUCUCCAGGGCCAGGGUUUGCUUGAGCAGACAGCUCUACCAUGCACAUCACCAAUCAUCAACUUCCCUGGGAAAGGAACACAAUUGCAAUCAGACACAAUAGAAAUCCAGCCAAGUGAGAACUUCAGAGAGCCUUUAGGCAAUGUCUCUCUGGUUCUGUCUGACCAACAAGGGUACAGCGUCGAUCUGAGCUGCAAGAUAACUCACUCCACUGACUCCCCGGACGUUGUUCCUCCUCCAGAUCUCUCCUGGAGUUCCUCCUCGCCUCUUCCACUUGCUUUGUCUCUCUCCCUUGACUGCCCUAUAGUGGGACAAAACUACGAGAAACUUUGGAGGAUUCUCGCUUACUACAGUGAAACCGCUGCUCGCCUUGAGAGGGAGAUCAUGCUAAGUAAAGCGCCGGCACUGGCCUACCGCUACAAGCAGACACCAGUAACAGAUGGAUAUUAUCACACUGGCGUCAAAGCCUCUGUUAAAGCCAAACCAGAAUGGUUACUACAGUCAGCAAUUAGCAUUAGGCUUGACAGAGCACAGUCUAACAUGCAUAACGUUAAACUUGUGUACUCAACAAGAGUUUCUGCUCAUCCUGACAUAACUUUUAACCCCUCACUAUCUUCCCCUGCUUCUCCCUCAUGGGUAAUGAUUUUAAAAAAUCAUACUAACUCAGCAGUAGCAGCAGUAGCAGGCAAAAACAUACAUCUAAUUUGUGAUUUUCUUAGUUCUAGUAAUCCCAGUGUGCUAUGGAUUCUCCCAGAUGGAUCUAAACUUAAUACUUCUUCCAGCAGUGUAGAUGGAAGACUCCAGGUGACAGCCUCAGGUCUACUUGUACAAAGAGCUCAGCUCGCUGACAGUGGGCUUUACUACUGUGUUGCCAGAGCUGGAAGAGAUUUUGAUGUUCUUCCAUUACGUCUGGUGGUAAAAGACUCAUCUGUUCCAUAUUCAAGUGAGCUAAGUGGACCUCCUAUCACUGGAACCAUUGGAGAUGCUGUCACUCUGGCCUGUAAGCUGUCUGGUUCACCAGAACCUUUGGCAAAUUGGAUUUUGCCAAAUGGAAAUGUUGUAUGGCAAGGAUUAGCUGUAUCAGGUGGAUUGAUAGUGCAUUCGAAUGGUAGUCUCUCUCUACUUACAACCACUCAGAAGGAUACAGGAUAUUACCGCUGCAUUGCUGUCAACCAGUAUGGCAGUGACACUAUGUCCACACAGCUGUUAUUAAAAGCACAUCAUAUUUCUGCCCUUGAGACCCCAUUUCCCAGAGGACCUCAAUCAGCGGCUGGCAGGUCAACAAAGAUACCAGCCCCCAGUUUUUGGCAGAUUAAUGAAGGAUCGGGGGAUGAAGAAGACGGCGAAGAUCAGAAAACUUCCACCGAUAAAAGGAGAAAGCCAACAUCUCUUCAACAAUUCCCAAACAGAAAAUAUCUAAUUAAAAAGCCGCAAAGACACGGUCGAAUAAGAGAGGGGCACGCGAGAAGGUUUGGAGAACUGACUGAGCAGAAGAAACACCGCUUUCAGAACAGACAUAGAUUAACCACUAAGAAAAACAGGAUAGACCCUCAGAAAUGGGCUGAACUCUUGGCAAAGAUUCGCCAGAAGACUGCAAACAGCACCAACGGCCAAAUCAUUGCAGGAGGAAAUCCAACAACUGAACCUAUCUACGAAGGCAAAGAUAAACAAAUGAGAGAAAAGGGAAAGAUUGAUGGCACAAAUAGAAGUGAUGCUCAAGGCAAACAAAAGGAACCAGAGACCGAAGGAUCUUCAGUUGACGAUGCUAAUGUAAAAGAAGAACAACCACAGCCCAUUCAGCCUCCUUAUGAAGCUACUCAGACAAUAAAAGCAACUCAAACUAUUCCAGAGACAGAAAAUGUGAUGGAGAGUCCCACAGACAAACAUGUGGAUUCAGAAAUAUACACAAAAACACAAACAGAGAAAGAAAGCAAACACACAGUAACACCAGUAAACCAUGUGACAGAAAAAGAGCCCAUCACACUUAAUCCAUUGUCAGGAACAAAUGAAAUAGUUAUAGAAUCAAGUGUGUUGCCUGAGCAAGGACUUAAAGUAAGCCCAGUAAGAACCAGGCUACAGAAUCCUCAGCAGGGACUCUUUCCCAACAUAAUCCCAAACUCUCGGUCUCGAAGCCCCUGGAUCACACGCAGGAAAAUCGGACAACGGAGGCGAAUUAACAGGCCGAGGAUCCAGCCUGUACCCUCACUGCAACCUCACUUUGAUCCGGUAAACCCGAUGACCCAGAAAUUGACAUUCACCCCAGCUGCAGAGACAAUCCCGAUGUUGUUGACCAUGUCAGCAGUGCCAUCUACAGCUAGUAUGCUCCUACCGAGACACUAUGUUAGGACUGCUCCAAAUAGUGUGACUCUGAUGCCUCCAUCACCCACUGUUUCAGACGCUCGCAUUAUUACCAUUUCACAUUUCGCAUCACCCCCACUGAGACCUUCCCCUGCAACCCCACACACAUACACAGACGCAAUGAUUCAUUCAGGCAAGAAACAAAUAACUGAGGAGCCUACUUUUAACAGCACACCAGCACCCACUCAUUCCACUAUUAACAUUUCAGAGGCGCAUGUGCCAGAAACCGAUAUUAGGGCAUUUAAACAGGCUGCACAGCCUCACACAGCAACACAAACAACCCUAGGCAAACAUGCUGAGAGAUCCCCGAGCAAACACAGCGAGGAGUUGGAGACGAAUGUGUUGGGCGAGUCCCAGUUUUCUAUCACUCAUUCUUUCACUGAGUCCUCAGUUCUCAGUGCAUCUUCAACCACCACCAGUGCGGCAACAAUCACAACUACUUCUUCAGCUGCUCCCAAGAGAGCUAGUUAUUUUGGCAGCACUAAAAGUACACCAGCCUAUACGACUAAUGAAGACACUCUCCCCACAACAACCCCAGCUGCUAUAAUAAGUCCCACCAUGUCUCCUUCAACUCCUAUUAUCAUUCCAAUAUCCAGCACUCCCAGACAGAUUUCAGCUUUUUCCACUUCAACGGCUUCUCCAAGCACCAUGCCAACUUCGUCCUCUACUACAUCUCCAACUUUGACCUCCACCACUACCUUCAGGCCAAUAAUUACAAGGAUCAGUAUCCCUUUGAAUCCUCCCACCAGACACAGUAGUCCUCCAGUCUCAAUAAAUGCCAUCCCUAAAACGUUUACCCCCUCUUUUAAUACCACGUCAAUCAGUACUAAACCCACAGUUCUAACUACUACAGAAAGUGCUAUAGCCACUGCACCUCCAACUACCAUAAAGGAAUCUACAGUUAAUAUGCUUUUGUCUACUACCACCAUAAUGGAAGUGACAAGUACCAAAGCAUUACCAAGAGACACAGAAGUAACUGGGCAGUUUGGCCACCCUGUUGAUGGUCAAAACAAGAGCCAAACUCCUGUUGAUUGGAAGAACCAUGGAGCUAAUAUCAUUCCGGAUUCACAUAGAAGCCGGUUUCAUCUGCCUUCCUCGUCCCUUCCUGCUACUCCAAGGGCUCCAAUUGCAAGAUCCAGACCAAGGAUUGCAGACCCUCACACCCGAACUGUGUCAGUACCGGCAGAGAGCACAGCAAGGCUGGCUUGUGAAGCACAAGGAGAGCCAAAACCUUCGAUCACAUGGACUAAGGUUGCUACAGGAGCGGUGAUGUCAAUCCACUCCAGGGCUCAGCGUUUUGGGGUCUUGCCAAACGGCACCCUUGUUAUCCAGAAUGUACAGGUGCAGGACAGGGGAACAUAUAUCUGCAGUGCAAGCAGUUUCCUGGGCCGUGACAGGUUGAUCACCUCCCUAGAAGUUUGGACUCGGCCUCCUCAUAUGCAGCCGAUGACGUACAGGGAAGUCACUGUUUCUCAGGGUGGACAGGUUCAGCUGGAGUGCCAAGCAGACGGUGUUCCAGCCCCUCUGCUCUCCUGGGUCCUGCCUAAUCGUUCCACCUUCACCUCGUCUAGCCCCUUUUCUAAUCGAAUCAGGGUGGACAAAAAUGGAACCCUUAACAUCUUGGUAGCGUUACCCACUGACCGAGGAUUGUAUCGCUGUGUGGCGUCCAACUCAGCUGGAGCAGCCAGCGCCUCGGUGCGUCUCUAUGUGUCCUCACUGCCGCCGGCUAUUCAGCAACCCAGGGAGGAGCACCUUGUUUUAGCUGUAGGUUUGCCUCUUUAUGCUCACUGCUCUGCCCGAGGGUCCCCAAAGCUAACUCUGCGUUGGCGAAUUCCUGAUGGGACGCUUGUUCGCCCAUCCCAGUUUCUUCAUGGAAACCUCUUUGUCUUGCCCAAUGGGACGCUGCAUAUCCGCAGCGCUGGGUCAAAGGACGCGGGAAGUUAUGAGUGCACUGCCAGUAAUGCAGUAGGGACCUCUAAGAGGACAGUGAGCGUAGAAGUUCAAGAUGGGGAGGCAAAAGACAAAAAGACUUCUAAUUCUUCGUCUCUCAACAAAGCCAGCUCAUCGGUAAUCCCUGGCCAACCCUCGGAUGCAUUCAGUCUGACUAAACUCUCUCCUGUAAAUCCCUCUGACAGAUCCCGGAGCUUGUCGAUCAGCCCAAGCCCUUUUAACUCUUCCUCUAACUCAGCUCCAAAAAUCAAUAAAACAGUAAAAGCCUACCCAUCGCACUUUGCCAACAUCAAAAAGGCAGAUCCCUUUUCUGUUUUCUCACCUUCCACAGUGCCAACAAAUACCACCAAAGUAGCACCCAGUGUAAACAACACAAGAGUAACUUCUUCUUCUUUCCCUGAUGGAAGAAAAAACCCAUCUGUUUUGCACCCCCAGCCUGUCUCCCCCUUCACCAAAGCCCGUAUUGUUUCCACAUCACCCUCCACCUCUACUGUUAACUAUGGGGCGACUUUAAAUCUUUACUGCUCUGUGACUGGACACCCCGCCCCAACCAUUAUAUGGAGGACCCCCACCAAGAAGCUAGUGGACAUGAACUACAGUUUUGACCGACGUCUAAAGGUGCAUCCUAACGGCACGUUGUCAGUCCAGGCGGUGACGGAGAAGGACAGCGGAGACUACCUGUGUAUUGCACGCAACAAGGUUUCUGAUGAUUAUCGCAUUCUGCGCGUGUCUGUGGCCACUCAGCCUCCCAAGAUUGAGCCACAACAGCCGGUCAAUCACAUGGUGUCAUUUGGGAAACCACUAAAGGUAGACUGCCAGGCAUCUGGAUUGCCUCAUCCUGCUGUGCGCUGGACCUUACCAAAUGGAACCACCGUGAACAGUGUGCUGUUUGAGGAGGACAGAAGGGGUCAAAGACGGCAACUUACAGUUUUUAACAACGGGACCUUACUGGUUCCAGCAGUCGGUGUGGGAGAAGAAGGAGAGUACAUGUGCUUCGCUGACAACCUGGCAGGACAAGAUACCAUGAAGGUCGUAGUAAAGGCCGUGAGGACGACUCCACCAAGUUUCACCGACGACAGAAGCCACCGUUACAUCAAAGUGCGGCAGGGAGAAACGGCCACAAUUCCCUGCCGGCCCACGGGAGAUCCCGCCCCGACGGUUACGUGGUUUUCCCCAGCGCUCCUUGUUAUACCACAGAGUUUGGGAUCUGGCCUUUAUUCUGAACGCGUUGUGGUAGUUUCAGAUGGAAUCUUGGAAGUGCGUUCGGCCCAAAGGAUUGACUCGGGAAAUUACACCUGUCGAGCAAGCAACACGGCUGGUGUACGGAGCAUGGUGGUGAGCUUGGAAGUAGAGACUUCUAGCCAUAGAAUCACGGGACAGGUGGAGAAAGGACAUGGGUGGAAUGCAAAAAACCCUGAAAACAGUCAUGGCGUAGUUACGGCAAGAAAUAAUAAGUUUGGAUCUAAUGUUGUGAUUACAAGCAAGAUCAGAAGCAAUAACAGCAAUGGUGAAAACAAUAGAAUAAGAAACAUUGUUCCAAACACUAAUGUCAACUCAGUAGUCAGUGGCUCCAAUCCUACUCUAAGAAGUUAUAGUCAACAUGGAUUUAAAAGUCCUGUGCAAGGAUUUACAACAGAGCAGGGUAAUGUUGGGAUAAGGUUUGGGGCAAAUGAGGCACAGAACACAGGGAUCAAGAUGGACAGUACUGAAUUAAAUAGAGACACACCUAGCAUUCAGAGUAGAAGUGGUAAUUUAGAUCACAGCCAAAGCGCAGGAAGAGGAGAAAGCACUGACAGAAAUCCUGAGACGAAUAACAAUGAAGUCACUGCAGUUAAGAAAAGUAAUGACGCUAAUACCAGCAGAGACAACAACCGGGUGACUGUUAUUUCAACACACGGCCAAAGCCUCAAUGGUAGUUAUUCAGGUAAUGGAGCUGGUACAAGCACACUAAGAGGACAUGCUUUCAGCAGGGACAGUCAUUUAGGUGGGAACACUGAUAACAGAGGGAACAGUGUUUCUUCAAGUGGUAAUUCAGACGCAACUCUCGGCGGGGGGAAAAUAUCAAAGCAGAGAGCAGUUAAAGGCCAGACUGUCAUUUUGCCAUGCCCAUACCAAGGUUACCCACCACUUCGUUUGGCCUGGCUUUUGCCUGGAAACGGCAUGCUGCCAGCCCCUUACUAUGGCAGCCGACUCACCGUGCACCGGAACGGCUCGUUGGAGCUUCGUGAUGUACGGUUGAGUGACGGCGGGACUUUGAUGUGCUUAGUAAAAACUGAAAGAGGUGACGCUUUAAUGCGGGUCCAGCUCGAAGUUUCAGAACCAUGGGUGGAUGUGACGUCCCAAAAAGGUGGAGAGGAGGAAAAUCUGUCUCGGACAGGAGGUUUAAACGCAACUCAGUCUUUACUCUCAAGGGCCGCGUCGACUCUGAAGCAUUCGCAAAGGGGCCCCGGUAUGCCAGACACGCCUCACUCUGUCAACUCUCCCCCGUCCUCUGGCUCAGUCUCCAAAACCACGGUAAACACCAGAACAACCCCUCCAGUGAGCACCAUCAAUGGAGAGACGCUCCGACUGCAUUGUCCUGCCUCUCAAACCCGGAGCACUGUUUCCUGGACAACGCCUGGUGGCCAGAUGCUAUCCAGGGGCGACCGUGGUGACCUGGGCCGUUACCUGGUGCAGGAAGAUGGAACACUGAUAAUCCGACAGGUGUCUGUGUUUGAUCGAGGCAGCUACACCUGUAGGCUCUACAGUCCUGUCUCUUCCACAGUCUCAGUCAUCACAGUUCCUGUCAUCGUCAUCGCUUACCCUCCACGCAUCACAACGGGCCCCUCUCCCUUGACUUACACCACAAGGGGUGUUGCUGUGGAGCUGCCGUGCCUGACCAUAGGUGCCCCGCGGGCCACAGUUACUUGGGAAACGCCGGACCUGACAAAGUUGAAUGUGAUGGAUCAGCCUCGUAUUUAUGGCAACCUUUACCUGAGUCCUCAUGGUUCUUUGGUGAUACAGAACCCGACUCAUAGGGACACGGGUUUCUACAGAUGCAUUGCCAAAAACGUAAUAGGAGUGGACAGCAAGGCAACCUACCUGCACGUUAUGUAACAGGAUAAAGCAACGAUACACACACACCUGUCAGCCUUGAACUGGAGAAACAAAGACUUUUAAUAGAAUUAUUGUUUCCGUCGUGCCCAAAGGAGCUGCAAUGCCCUGUUGCUGACAUAUUUCUGAAAA